UGGCGCUGCAAACGCUGUCAGUGGAGAAGUGAGGUUAAGGUUCAGACGAGCAGACGCGUAGUGAGUGUCCGGGAAAAUCGGAGGAAACCCCGUGAAAAACUGUAAUUCCAAGAAGAACACCGACAAAAAUGGAGCAACUGGUGCUUAAUCUACUUGGGGGAGACAACGAGGUGAUGAAGAAGGCCACCAAUGAUCUCCAGGAGGCGUUCAAGAGACCGGAAACCGUUCCAGCCCUCUGCGAUUUGAUUGUCUCCUCAGCGAAUCCACAGGUUCGUCAAUAUGCUGCAGUCUUGCUGCGUCGGCGGCUGGCCAAAAAGUGGAAUUGGCAAAUGCUGCCACAAGAAACAAGAGAGAUGAUCAAGAAGGGCAUUCUGGAACGCGUUCUGAUGGAACAGGAGCGUCCUGUGCGCAAUGCCAUUGUCCAAUUCAUCGGUGUGCUUGUGCGUCAUGAGUUUCCCGACAAGAACCCGUGGAUGAACGACGUGCUGAAAUUCAUCUAUGAUAAUUGCUCCGCCAGUGAUGCGAAUCUCAGUGAAAUUGGAGCGAACACACUGAGUAUUCUGACAGAUGUGGCGCCAGAUCAGUUUAUCCCUCACCUUGAGGCCAUCAGUAGCAUGUUCUCAGCCGCAUUGGCUGCCAAUGAGAACGUUGUCAGUCCUGUUGUCUACCACAUUCUCGUGGCGCUGGGAAAUCUCGUCAUGGUCGGUGAACCGAAUGGUCAAGCAAAAAAUGUUUACCAGAAUCUGAUUCCCAACAUCACAAAGGCUCUGCAUGUUCUUCAAUCGGAUCCCGAUAAGUUCGUGAAAGCUUUUGAGAUUCUGGAAAAUAUUGCUGAUACCAUGCCCAGUAUUCUCAGUGCACAUCUCAAGCUGCUGAUUGACUACUCGCUCGUUGUGGCCAGCACUCAGCAGCUGGACGAGAGUGUGCGCGUGCAGGGCAUUACAUUCCUGGGCAUGAUUGUGCGGCUGAAGAAGAAGGCGGUGAUGAAGAUGAAGAUGAUCGAGCCUAUCAUUGUUGUGCUGUUCAACUUGAUGGCCAGCACACCGGCUGGAGAUGACGAUGAGGAGGAGUACUUCGUGGGCUCUACAGAGAUGUCCAGUCCAAUGACAUGCGCCACGCAGACGAUGGAUAUCUUGGCCCUGAAUGUUCCUGCUGAGAAGUUGAUUCCACCUCUCCUUGCGCUCUUGGAGCCUGCACUGGCCGGCUCAGAGCCUUUGCCCAAGAAGGCGGCUUAUCUCUGCAUCGCUGUAAUCGCAGAGGGAUGCGCGGAGACGAUCUGCAACAAGUAUCUUCCGCCACUUCUCGGAUGCGUGAAGCAAGGAAUCACAGAUGGGAAUGCUCUGGUGAGGAAUGCUGCACUAUUUGCCUUGGGGCAGUUUGCUGAACACCUCCAGCCAGAGAUUAGCAAGUAUGCGGAUGAGAUUCUUCCCAUUCUGUUUGAGUUCCUGCAUCAAUUGUGCAUUCAAUUGAGGGCGGAGGGCAAGGAGCCGAAGCACAUCGAUAGAAUGUUCUAUGCUUUGGAGACAUUCUGUGAGAAUCUUGAGGAUGCCCUCGUUCCACAUCUUCCAGUCCUCAUGGAGCGUCUGUUUGAGUCUCUCAAUCCAAACUACUCUGUCCAUCUCAGGGAACUCUCUCUGAGUGCCAUCGCAGCUGCCACCACGGCUGCGAAAUCAGCUAUGUUGCCGUACUUCCAGCAAAUCAUUGAAAUUCUCAAGAUGUAUCUCGUGAAAACAGAAGAUGAGGACCUAAAGACACUGCGCCCACAAGCCAUCGACACCCUGGCCGCAUUGGCGCGUACUAUUGGCAAGGAAAACUUCCUGCCGCUGUCUUCGGACGCCAUGAGUUUUGGUCUAGCGCUGAUGGAAGACUGUAAAGAGCCUGAUUUGAAGCGCGCUUGCUACAAUCUCUUCGCUUCGGUGGCUGAAGUGUUGAAUCAGGAUGUGGCUUCUGCUUUGCCGCAGAUUGUUAGUGCCAUGAUUGAGAGUGUGAAGAGCACCGAGGGACUCGUGGCGGACUUCGAUGAUGACGAUGAGGAAGCUCAAGAUAUUUACAACGUGGAAGCGGAUGAGGAUAAGAACGAGGACAUUGAUAUUGAAUCGUCAGACAAUGAAGAUGACGAUGAUGACGUGGCCAUUGCUGUGGAGAAUGCCUUUAUGGAUGAGAAAGAGGAGGCGAUAAUCGCUCUUAAAGAGCUGGCCAUUCACUCUGGGGCCGCUUUUGCUCCUUACCUGCAAACAUCCUUCGAGGAAGUGUACAAGUUGAUCAAUUAUCCUCAAGAUGACAUCCGUCGUGCCUCUGUUGAGGCCCUGACACAGUUCACAGUGAGCUUCUAUCAGUUGAAGAAUGCCGAGGCCACAAAAACCUCCAUCACGGUCCUCAUUCCGAAGUUGAGUGAGAUCAUCCGUGCCGAUGAGGAGAGAAAUGUUGUGAUGGCAGCUCUGGAGUCGUUCAAUGAGUUGCUGGACAAGCUUAAGGCGGACACAUUCACGCAAGAAGAUCAGAAGGAUGCGAUCUUUGAGUGUGUGAGCGACGUGAUGCUGGGCACGGUGGCGUGCCAGUGCAAUGAUGCGGUUCAGGAUGACGAUGAAGAGGGUGACAGUGAAUUCGAUGAAGCCAUCAUUGAGUCGGCUGGUGAGAUUUUGCCACGUUUUGGCAAAGCGAUGCGUCCGGAGGACUUUGCACCGUACUUCGGGCGCGCCUACACGCACUUGAUGGAGAAACUAGAGAAGGCGAGACGAAAGGAGGACGCCGAUUUGGAGCGCGCAUAUGUUGUGGGAGUAUUGGCUGAGUGCUUCGAGGGCUUGCAGAGACACACCAACACUUGGAUGGCAGGAUUGAUGCCACUCCUGAUGGCCGGAGCGCAGGAUAAGAAUGAUCAGAUCCGCAACAACUCGGUCUUUGGACUGGGGGAGUUGGUUCUAGCCGGCGGGGAGUUCGCCUACGACUACUAUCCGCAGAUUCUGCAACUGUUGUCAGCGGCUGUGGUGAAGGAGCAGGACGCUGUGACUCUAGACAACAUCUGUGGUGCUCUGGCGCGUCUCAUAAUCUCCAAUAGUUCGUUGGUGCCGCUGAAAGAGGUGCUUCCUGUGUUUGUGCAGUAUCUGCCGCUCAGGACGGACUUUGACGAGAAUCAGGCUGUCUUCAAGUGCCUUCACGUGGCUUAUCAGCAGGGACAGCAGGUGCUUGUGGAGCUCAUGGAGCGGAUCGCCUUCCUCGCGCUCAGUGUGCUGCAGAAGAAGGAGUACAGCAGUGAUGAGACUCGUGAUUACAUAUUCAGUUUUGUCCAGCAAAUCCGACAGGAUUUCCCGGAACAAUACGGCAAAGUAGUAACGAAUAAUCCCGAGAUUGCGGCUUUCGCGGCGACAUUCUAAGACCCAGUUGAACUUCUCAAUGUUAUUUAUAUUAUACAGUUAAAAAAGGAGAAGAAAAGAUACGAAUAACGAGUUGGAGAUUUAUAUUAUAACUAUAUGAUUACUACCAUGAAUAUUAUUUUGACAUGAUGUUUUCCUUUUCCACUAUUUAGAUAAAAUAUACUUUUGUGAAGAAACACACUU